AGUGAUGUCAACACAUAAACACAAGGCCAAGAAGUAGAAGCACAAAAUGGUUAAAAUCUUAUGGAUUAUAUCUCUCAUUUGCAUAGCUCACGCAAGUAAAGAGAAGCUCCAAGAUUUGGACCAACUUCUUGACGACCCGAACAUAUGGCAGUAUAUAGAAAAGCGUGUUGAACAAAAUAAGAACGAUGAUAUACCCAUAGAAAACGAUGACAACAACGACGACGGCGUUGAUGAUGUUGGUUCGCCGAAACAGAAAAUCCAAUUGCAAAACAGACACCAAAAUUUCCGACAACCAGACAUGCGCAAUGAAAACCAACGUCGUUAUCCUAACUAUAGAAAUGAGCACAAUUAUCAUGAAACAAAUCCUUAUGGCCUUAAAACUCUGUCUGAUAGCUCAGGCAAUUCAUGCAGUUACAACCUAAAUACAAGUGUAAUAAUCAAAUCCCAGUCGUCUCUGGAUAAUGGUGCAGCUUAUCUGAAGAAUGCUUUUAAUUUGAGUGCGAAGGAAUGUGCCAAGAAAUGUUGUUACACACAGAAUUGUAACCUAGCAGUAUACGAGGCGAAGGAAGAACACAGCUGCUAUCUUUUUGACUGUGGUACACCAUCAAAAUGUGUGUUUGCUCAUCAUGGCAACUACAGUGUGAUGUCAUUCCAAAUCAAUGACUUUAUGCCAAGUGCUCAUCAACAGUAUCAUGAGAAUGAAUUAGAAAACCUUGGUAAAGCUAAACCUCCGACUCCAUCCCCACCACCGCCAGCUACCCACACACCAACACCUUAUCCACAAAGACUAAAAGUGCCAUUGUAUGGAGAUUGUGAUAUAGAUUGGGAUGAACAGUGUGUUGAUAGAAAUGCAGAAUGUCGUGAUGAACAAUGUAAAUGUAAAAAAGGUUACCAUGCCAUCUAUGCUAUUUGUAGAGAAGUUUGUAGUGAUGAAGAAUUUCAAUGUAAAAAUAAAGGACAAAAUAUUGAUGUACCUGAUUGUAUAGAUAGUAAACAUAGAUGUGAUGGAGUUCCACAAUGUGCUGAUGGUAGUGAUGAAGAGAAGUGCCCUAAAAAAUAUGAAGAAAAUGUAGGAAGUAAAACUGAAGUGAAAGGAAAUCAAAGGACAAUUGCAGAAAAUAGGGAUUUACCUAGCCUUUCUAAUAGAGUAGCAAGUAAAGCCAUACAAAAUCCUGUGCCUAAGAACCAGUCACCAUUACUGACAAACAGUGAUAAAGUUUCUGGGAACCAGUUUUAUGGACCGGUACCAGAUAAAACUGGAUUUGUUAAUCCAAACUUGUAUGGAAACAAUAACCCCUUGCUGCCCCAACAAAUGCAGGAUUUCUAUUGGCCACAACAGCAGGGAUUGUUAAAUAACCCACAACAGUACCAGUCACCCUACUCAGAUUACCCACAAUUCCAAGGUCAGCAAUUAGGUCAAGGAUAUUUAAAUCCUCUUGGAUAUGGAGGACAGAAAUACAACAACCCAUUCAAUCCUGGACUAAAGAGUGAUAAUUCAAAUGUCAAUUCAAAAUUUUACGGUGCAUAUGGACCAAACCAAAAUGUGCCUUUGCAGAAAUAUCCUUUGAACCAAGAAUAUGAUAAAAAUGCCGGGAAUGAUAUGAAUCAAAAUUAUCCAGACUCUGUCAAACCUUUGUAUGGUGAUCUGAAUGUAUAUCCUAAAUAUAACAAUCUCCCUCCAAAUGGAUACCCUAGACUGCCACAUGAAGGUAGGAGAAAUAAUAAGACAAAUGUAAAUAAACAGCCUGUACCUCAGCCAACUACAACUAUUAAAACAACACAUCCCUCUACUACUACUACUACAACAACCACGACAACAACAACUUCUGCUCCACCUGUUGUCAUGACAACUAGAAAAUCAGCCAUGAAUGAAAACAAUGCAUACAUUGAUGAAAACUAUUAUCCAGGUUGGUCAGGAAAUGAUGAUAGCUAUUAUAAAAAUAAUCGUCAGCAAAAACAACAGAAAUCUAAUAGACAUAAAUCUCAAAAUGGUCAACAACAUUUUAAGGGUUCAGAUGACAACAGGCCUUACCAAAAUUCAGAUGAUAACAAACAUUUUGAAGAUUCAGGUAAUAACAAACAUUUUGAAGAUUCAGGUAACAACAAACAUUUUGAGGAUUCAGAUGACAACAACAAACAUUACAAAGACUCAGAAGACAACAGGAAUUACAAGGAAUCACAUAACAACAGGAAUCCCCCAGUUUCCCAUGACGACAAGCAUUACAAAACUAAGGUAGAUAACUCCGGAAAUGAAAAUUUUCGUAAUAGAUAUCCAUACAGAUUUAGACAGAAAGGAAAAUAUUCAGAUUAUGAUGACAACACGAGAUACAAUAAUUGGCCAGAGUAUUAUGAUGAUGGCUCUGAUUAUUCUGAAUACCGCCAACAACAGAAUCAUAGACCAGGCAAGGAUUACUAUGAGAAUAUAUUUGCACCAGAUAAACAGUCAAAUGACAAAGAUGAAAAUCAUGAAGACAAAGUAAACACUCCAGCCCCACCUAAACCAGUGGUUGAACAGCCAGAUGAAGACAAAUCAGAAGAAUCUGAUAAAGAUAUACCACUAGAGACAGAUGAUAAGGAUGAAGAUAAAGAUCAACAGAUCAAAGCUGAUUCAGAGGAAAAAGAACCAGUAAAACAGAAACCGACUGAUAGACCUGAAUAUGCAAAAAAUUCUACUACAACUACGUCUGAAACUCCUAAAGAACCAACAGAUACAGAGAAAAAAGUGGGCUUGGAAGGACCUAAAAAAGUUGUAAUAAAAAGUCCAACAGACAAUAAUCAAGGCCCAAUCGUGGCCCUGGCAUUAGGACUUGGUAUUUGUCUAAUGUUACUUAUAUUUGUUGGCUGUCGAUUACGGACAGUUAAGCGAAGAAUCAGACGUGGAAAAAGUUUGCAUUCCAAUGAAGCCGAUUACUUGAUAAAUGGCAUGUAUCUGUGAAAUGUUUAUUGCUUAUCAUGCUUAUACAGGGUCAGGGUUUUAUAUAUAUCCAAAAAUGUAAAAGAUUCUUUGAAAGGAUUGUACUUUUUGUCUCACUUUCCUGUCCCAGUUUUAUAGUAAUCAUAUCUUUUCAACAGUGAAAACAGAUAUUCCAUAUUGCCAGAUGUUUUACUAGAAAUUUGGUCAAAUAUGUUGUUAAAAUUUUGGAUCCUUAAAAUGAUUUGAAUGAAAAAAAUUGUAAAAAGGGGAAUCGAAAAAAUUCUCUUUGUUCUAACAAAUUUACUGAUAUAAAUAUUUGUCAGUAGGAAGCUAUAUUUUUUUUUAUUACUGAAUCAUCAGUCAGUUACCAGAAAGAUAUUAGGUCACAAGUUUAAUGAUUUAGGCAAAUUUGACUUAACUGUGUAUUGUCUGUUUGCUGACAUUUGAAUUUCAUGUUAAAAUUCACCAAUGAGGUAAUAAAAAAACAAGUCAAGAAUGUUGUUGAAAUAGAACAAUAUCUGUUUGAGUAUAAGAUCUUCACAUUUGAUGCAAAAGUUUGUGUUUCUAAAUCAGUGUCAUUUAAAAGACAAAUAAAUGUUUGAACUGCUUUAUUCAUGGCAAAAAGUUAAUAUGAUGUGUACACUGAUUUAUAAAUUCAGUACAAAGUCAGACCUAAAGUUAUUAACAGAUGUUUUGAUGACUUGUAAAUUCAGUACAUUUUACAACCAAACUGAGACAUGUGUUAACUUUUUUUAACAACUGGUCAGUUCAUUUUGAAUUUAACCUAGAGCAUUUUAAAUUUGUCAGGUAUUGAAAUAUUUAUUUCCAAAUGUGAAACAACUCUCUAUAGGAGAUUUACUUGAGUUUCUCUGGUGCAGUUUUGUUUCAAGACUUGAUAUUUUUAGAAUUAUACUUUAUAGAACAACUUUUGUUAACACUCAUUUGAUAUUGGUUGUAAAGCACCAUACAGAGUAAUAAAUAUGUUUUAAGAAGAACUAGAAUAGCAUGCUUGUGCUAGUUUGAUAAGAAAUGUAUAACUAAAUGCACUUUGAUCUCUGAGAGUGAGAAGUGCUGGUUUUCUUUACUAUUAUUCUUUUAUGUCUAUCUUUCUUGUACAAUCACAUCAUUUUUCUUAAAUAGUAUAGUUUCUUGUAUAUAUUGACUAUAAUCAAAGUAAUAUUUGCCUUAUGAUAGCGAGUUAGUGGAUAUGUUAAAAGUUUUUGAGUAAGGUUCUUACACUUUUUAAGUGAAUGUCUUUGCACAAUUAGAGAUAAGAUUAAAUACACUGUCUAAUAUUACCUAGCAUGAAAACCUUAUUUUUCUUGGCAGUGUUCAUGUAUAACAGCUUAGCUAUUUAAGUGUGUAGUAAGUGCAAUGGAUAUGUUUCUUUAUUUAAUACCUAAUCCAUGAAUUAUUUUUAGUCCCCUACUGACGAAGUCGAAAGAGACUUGAGUUUGCACUCCGUCUGUCUGUCUGUCAGUCCAUCCGUCAGUCCGGGAAAUCAGUUUUCCACACUUUUUGUCUUCGGGCUUAAAGAUAUUUAUUUGAUAUUUGGUAUAUUGUUUAAUCAUGACAAGUUACAGAUCCAGUUCAAAUUUUGUUCUGGUCUGAUGAUUUUGUGCAGAGUUAUGGUCCUUGGACUUAGAAAAUUCACUCAAAUAAUCAGUUUUCCACACUUUUUUUCGUCAUGCUUGAAGAUAUUGAUAUGAUAAUUGGUAUAUAGUUUUAUCAUGACAAGUUACAGACCAAGUUCAAAUUUUGUUUCGGUCUGAUGAUUUUGUGCAGAGUUAUGGUCCUUUGACUUAGAAAAUUCACUUAAUCAGUUUUCCACACUUUUUUUUCGUCAUGCUUGAAGAUAUUGACUUGAUGUUUGUUAUAUAGUUUACACCAUGACAAGUUAUAGAUCAAGUUAGCAUUUUGUUGCAGUACAAUUAAUUUUUAACCGGUAGGGAACUAUUUAUUGCCAUGCAAUACUCUCAGAAUGCUUGUUUACCUAAAUAUGCAAAAUUCUAUGAAUGAAUAUUUGGUUUUACAGCUUGCAAGUUCUAUGGUUACAAGAACAAGUUUUACAGGCAUACAUUGAAAACUAAACAAAUGAAUGAAAAUGUCUGCAAACAGCCUAUUUCAGAAAAUAUAGGCAGUGCACACACUAUUUGUUCACAGUUCAAACUGGUGAAGUUAAAAAAUAGAAUAAAAAAUUGUUAUGAAAACAGCCAUUGAAACAAUACAAACAAAAAUUGUUGGAUAUUCUCUGGACAUUGUAUAUUAUACCUGUUUUAAAAAAAGAUGUUAAAUGUACCAAAAAUCAUGGGUAUUAAAUGUUAAUGGAGUUGUGAACAUGUGCAAUAUGUGUAAAAUUGUAGUAAAAUAUAUUUAUAUGCAAUGUUUGUGAUGUACUAUUGUGUACUUUUCCUCAGAGUUACAGUGAGACCUGUCAAAAUAGAACCCUAUGAAAUUUGAAAACUGUUUGAAUUAUCACCCAGUGUCAUAACAUACAAUGAUUAUUCUUUUGGGAUAAUUUAUUAUUAGAUUAUAUAAUUUUGAAGAAAAAAAUAAUAAUUUAUUAUUAGUUUAUCUAAUUUUGAAGAAAAAAAUCAAUUGCUGUUGGGUUUGGUUAAGACAGGUAUCACUGUAUAUGAACUCUGUGAAUUAGAAAUUGACCUUAUUAAAAUUUUUACAGGUACAUGUAUCAUAAUGAAAUUUUUUUCUGUGACAUAUUUUCUUACUUUGGAAUUAGGGGAAUUUUGUUUAUUAAAUGGUGAAUGCUAUUAAUGUUACAAAAAUGGCUUGGUCAGAAGACCCCAGAGUAUUACAUCUUGAUCUUGAUAGGUGCAGUUGUGCUCAUUUAUUUAUAGAGAAAUAAAUUAAGUUUAGAGAUGAUUGUGUUCAAACCAGGUUUUGAAAAAAAGACAAUCUAAUGGUUUAGAUCGAAGGCUUUUAAUUAUCGAUGGUGAAUCUCUCAAACUUAUUAAGGUCUCCACGAAGAAUAGAGAUAUAUGAGGUUUAUAUGCAUGAAAGGUUGAUGAAGCGUUUCUACAUGCUCAUCUCCACCAGGUCAAGAUGACCCAAAAGUAAUUGCACCUUAAAUUAAAGAUAUUUUAAAAUAUCAUAAAAUGGGAAGAUUGAAAAUUUUAUACUGAGAAAUAUUUUUUUUAGUAUAUAUGAAAGUUUUGAAGAAACCAGUGAAUUUUGACAUUGAGUAUUUAGCCUUUAUAACCAGCUUGGAAGGUAACUGAUAUAUAUGUUCCUGUUGAAAUUUUAUUGAGGCCAAUUUCUGUAAGCCUUGUAAUAUCAUAUAAGUGGUUGUGUAUUCUUUCUUUUAUAUGUUAAGUUUAUCCAUUCAUAAAUUUAUUUCAUUUAUUAUAUAUAUAAUAAGUAACAUUUAGUUUAGUUUAUAGUUUAUUGUUAUACUUGUAACAAUGCUUUAUUAAUUCCAUUAGUCUAAGAGAAGUGUGAUUACAGUUUGCAAUUUAAAGGGGGAGAGUGAUGCUUUAGAAUGAAGAAUCCUGUGAUAAUGUCUUUCUGAAGUUUAUAAUGAAAAGUUCAAAUUCACUGAAAGAAGAAAAGUUCUCAAACUAUUUUAGACAUAUUUUUUCUAUAUUGAAAUAAUGUAAAGGAAAUAUUAUUUUUAAUAUCAAAAUAUUAGAUGUGGAUUGUUCAUGACAUCUUUUCACUUUCUUUUAGAAAAUCCUACAAAUGUUUGUCUCCAUGAAUAACCUUAGCAACAUGCAUUUUUAUGCUUUUCAGUACAAAAGUAAUUGGACUCAUUUGCUGGUUUAAGAUAGAUGAGGGGUCUAAAUUAAAAUCAAUAGCAUUUUUCAAUAAUUUGCCAAAAUGCUAUAUAGAUGAAAAGUCUAACAAAUGAAUUACAUUCUUUUCACAAAAUUUGUACUUUUAAUUAAAGAUCUAGACCACUUGUGUUCUACUAUUUUACAAUCCAAGAUAGCUGAAGACACCAGAUCUACCUUAAUUAUUACAUUUAGUUUACAGGACUUUUUAAUAUUGAUGAUGGUGAUACAUAUUGUCUUGAAGUUUCAACAUCAAUCUCAAUGAUAUGAGUUUUAUACUUCUUGUUAGUAACAAUAUUUCACUGAUCCAUUAUUAAUUUGAAGAUUUGUGUGAAAAAUCUAUGUGUAUUAAGGAAUGCAGAAAUAUCUCAAUUCAAUUGUAACAUAGAUAUAUAUUGAAAUAUCAUUUAUUUGAUUGUGUUCCAAUUAAUCAGUGUUAAGACAAAUUUUUUCACCCAAAGUUUAUAGAGAUUAGAAUUGUUGCUUUAUAAAAAAUUGUUACCAACUAUUAACCAGAUUUGUAAUUAAGUUGGGGUUUUUUGUAAAAGACAGGCUUCUCUUAUUUUUUCAUUUUAUAAAUAAUCUCAGGCUUGGUAGAUCUGAUUCAUUUUCAAACUUUAUCCCACCAAACUUUGUAUGUUUAUAUGUUUUGUAAUUUUCUAUAGUUAAAUCAAAACAUGACAGAAGUGGAAAAUUUCUGUUUAAUAUUGGAAGAAAACAUGUUUCAUUUAAAGGGUAAAAAGUGAUAUUUUUUCUUUAUCAUUCCACUUUCUUCUGAAAUAAAAAAGGAAGAAAACGAUUUGAAGAAAUCCACUUGAUAUUUUUCUUAUACAUUAAAUGUACAUAGUUUAUUUUUGAGCUUAUGUACAGAAUUCCAUAGGAGGAGUUUAUUUUUGAGCCAAUGUAAAAGAAUUCCAAAGGAGGAACAUUCCGAAGAGAUAUGUUAGCAUGUUUCUGUUGUAUUUUAUACAUUGUUUAUGUUAGAUUGUUUAUUAAAUAAAUUUUGAUAGAAAAGUUG